AAUUGUUAGGAGAUAACUAUCAUAAAUAUUUCAGUUUAAAAGUUUGAUAUCAUUUAGUGGUGACACUGUCAUGUCAUACGAUUAACAUAUUAAUUAGUACACUAAAUGUGUUAUACCUUGUAAAAACCAGUCCUAUGUAAGCAAUGCAGGCGGGAUAUUUAUGCUCAUCUUCGUUUUCGUAAAACGGAAAAUAUUGUUCAAGAUGAAAAAGCUAACAGCUCUGAAAAUAUUAGGGCUAGUAAUUGGGUGUGCGGCAAAGUUUACAACGGGCUCCUUAUUUGUGUUCAGCGUUUAUCAAGAUGCACUCAAAGAUACGUUCAACUAUACCCAGAAGGAAGUUGAGCUCUUAUCUUCGAUGCUGAAUUUCGGACUCGGCGUUGGGUUUUUACCAGGAAUGUUCUACGAUCAUUUUGGACCUCAGUGGACUUCUGUCGUGGGACUUUUUGUCUCUGUCUCAUCCUACUUAUUAAUAUGGAGUUCAACAAAAGCAGUGAGCUUCUAUUCCAGUAAAGCAUGGCUUAUGUCAAUUUACUUCUUUAUAUGUGGGCUUGGAUCUAUAUUUACCUACAUGGUUGCUUUGAACACAAAUAUAAUCAAUUUCGAUAAAAAGGAUACCGGAAAGAUAGUUGGUUUGCUCAAUGCAUUUUUCGCAGGUAGUCCUUCCGUUUUUGCUGCGCUGUAUUACCACGUGUUUUCUCACGGAGACACUACCGACGUUUCAAAUCAAGACUUCCCUGGAUUUAUGCUUCUGUUUGCGAUAAGUUUUGCUAUCGUUGAUAUUUUAAGUAUACUUUUCGUCAAAAUAUAUAAGGAUGAAUCACAACCAUUCGUACGGUUUGUUAAUGUGGAGGAUGAUAUAUCUAAUACAAAUGAGAUUGUAACAUCUUCAAAUUCAGGCGGAAGUCAUGAGAUAUUUUGCUUUGCAAGAAGAAAUGGUCGGCAAAGCAUAAUAGGUGAUAUCAAUGGUGACAGUAAUACAGAUAAUGUUACAAUUACAAAUAACGACGCAGAAAGGCACAUGAGUGUGAAGGAAAUUUUACUUAACGCAGACUAUGAAAUAUUGAUUUGGACUAUCUCGUUCGCAUCUGUGAUUGGCCUUGUUUAUACCAACAAUAUCACUGUUAUUAGUGGAUCACUCCAUCUAGAUAAGUAUAAUGACAGACUUACUUUAAUCAUUCCAAUAACCAAUGCUGUAGUAAGUUUUCUAGUCGGUAUUAUAUCUGACUAUUUCAAAGACAGGUUUCCCAGGAUGUGGAUAUUGAUAUUAGGAUGUACAUGUUACACGGCGUCACAAAUUUUAGUGUUUUUCCUUGCUGGAACACUGGACUUUUUAGUUAUUUCUGCUGUUCUUGUUGGCUUUGGGACGGCCAUUGUGUGGUCCAUGUCGCCAACUAUUAUGAAAGAAAUGUUUUACGUGGGGAACCUGGGUAGGAAUUGGGGGAUUGCAUUGCUCGUAGCUUCGUUACUUGGUUUUGGUAUUCAAGAAGCAUUUGGUGCAUUUUAUGAUGACAAAAUAAGUCCGGGAGGGGAUGGAGUGCAUUGUUAUGGGAUGAAAUGUAUCAGAGGUGGAACCCUUAUUUGUCUGGCGUGUGGCUCGGUUUCUAUUGCUUUGGGUAUAUUUAUGCAGUUAAGAAAGAAAUGCUGCAACAGAUAAUUUACAAACUCACGCCAUGAAGUUGUUAUUAUUGUAACUAGAUCUGUAAAUAAAUAAACUAUGAAAAUAAAUGAACGAAUAUCUG